CGUAAAGAAAAAUGAAAAAGUAUUGGUCCCGCAAUGGCCACAACAAUUAUUCUCCUCAUAACCACGUAAACCAUCCAUCUAGUAGCUUCAUCAUCUAAGAUCCUUCCAAUAAUGCACUCUAAUCAUUUGAAAUUUUGAAUAAAUAAUAAACCACGUUAAUUGUGUGUUUAUGUUACUAUUUGUAGCUUUCUACCGAAACAUAGACGUAAAUCAAAUAAAUAAGCGUCUUCACUCUCUUGUCUAAAUUUCUCAAAUUCGACUCAUCAUUCCAUUCGCAAAAUGGCUAUCGAAGUAUGUGUCAAAGCUGCUGUCGGUGCUCCUGAUAUCCUUGGCGACUGUCCAUUUAGCCAAAGGGUUCUUUUAACAUUGGAAGAGAAGAAAAUCCCUUAUCAGAUGCACCUUAUUGAUGUUAGUAACAAGCCCAAAUGGUUUUUGGAGGUGAAUCCUGAAGGGAAAGUACCAGUGGUUAAGUUGGAUGACAAAUGGGUUUCUGACUCUGAUGUCAUUGUUGGUCUUCUUGAGGAGAAAUAUCCUGAUCCUCCUCUUGCCUCGAACCCUGAAUUUUCAUCUGUGGGGUCUAAGAUCUUUUCGACUUUUGUGACUUUCUUGAAGAGCAAGGAUGCGAAUGAUGGGUCUGAACAAGCUCUGCUUGUGGAAUUGAAGGCACUAGAUGACCAUCUCAAAUCUCAUGGACCGUACGUGUGUGGACAGAAAGUUACUGCUGUUGAUUUGAGCCUAGCACCGAAGCUCUACCAUCUUGAGGUAGCCCUUGGCCACUUUAAGAAAUGGUCUGUUCCUGAAAACUUAUCUUGUGUUCGUGAAUACAUGAAGUUACUCUUUGCUCGUGAGUCUUUUGAGAAAACCAAAGCAGCCAAAGAACAUGUGAUUGCUGGUUGGGCACCAAAGGUGAAUGCAUGAAUCUGUAUCAGUAGAUACUGAACUAAAUACUAGCAUUAUUGAGGUUAAUGUUGAAAUAAAACGCAUUAGCACGAAGCUUAUGAAUUGGUGCAGGGAUGUUGCUCCAAUGCUUGUCACCAAAACAUCAUUUUGAAUACUAAUGCACAUAAUAUGUGGUUUGUCA